AUGCGUUACUUUAUGCUUCACAAGCCUCGCGGGUGUGUCACAAGCACGGUUGACGACACCGGGCGUGGCAGGCCUACAGUGUACGACGUCGCCAAGGCCGCAGGUGUUCCGAACUUCGGUCCUGUGGGCAGGCUUGACUUCGACACCUCGGGCGUACUCUUGUUUACCGAUGACUACAAGCUCAAGAAGGCCAUCUCGUCCCCAACGUAUAAAGGGAAGGCGGCCGUGGGCACGGUGCCUUCAAUGGAGAAAGUCUAUCACCUCCUCGUUGCAGGCACGAUCACACCAGAGGAUAAGGGGAUGGACCUGCUGCAAGAACCUCUACACUUCAGCCGCAAGCUGGACGGCCCAGGCGGGAGCUGGACCAAACCAGCAGAGGCGCGCGUUUUGCUAACCAAGACCUUUAAAACAGGACAGCCGGUUCCGUGGAGAUUCAAGCCGGGCACAGUAGCAACGAUUACUUGGAUAGAGGUGGUGCUGCGUGAGGGCAAGAACCGACAGAUCAGACGGUUGUGCCGACGAAGCGAGUUUGAGCUUACCCGACUACACCGGAUAUCCGUGGGCCCGAUUGUGCUCGGCGAUGUUGAGGAGGGUUCCUGCCGCGAGUUGACCAGACAAGAAGUCGAGGCGCUCUACAAGCGCUGCUUACCGGAAGACCCGCUGUGCCCCACCAUCGACGCCGUACAAGAUAUCCUCCAGAGUCGCCUCUCUCAGACAGCACGCCGAAUACGCACCACGGCUGAGGUUGGGGGGCACCGCUUCAAGGCAAGGGAGCAUUCAAGUGCGAUGGAUGUCCCACAGAAGGACAUGCCUGAGAGACCCACGGCAGAAGAUGCAGAGCAAAGGCGGGCAGCGAAAGCAAGAGACGGGGAACGUGGCUGCCCAUGCAGAACAACGCAAGGUCCGGGGAGACGAAGAGUGAAAGCGUUUGCUACCGAGGAAGACUUGGCGAGCAUCAUGAAACGCUUGAUAGACUUUGCCCGGCGGGACUUGCACGAGACUCCAGCAGGCCCGGACGGGGAAUCGGCAGGGCCAGAUUACUGCCCUGGCGAGAAGGAAUCAUUGGCGCAGGCACGCGCGGUGCCCCCUAACGAGACCCACAUGGUGUGCGGCUAUCGCUCUUCUCAGAUCGAGCGGCUUGGUCUCACGUAUGGUACGAUGUAA